UUACGGCUGAAUAAUUAAAGGCACAGAAGUACUGCUAACAUAGACAGCCCCAAACUCUGAUAUCCAAGAUGGCGGCGCCCAUGAGAUUUUUGACGUGCCGAACUUGUCCCCAGAUUUGUCACAGAAUUCUGGGGUCUGUUCACGUGCAGGUCGCCAACUACGCAAAAGCCAAAGUACCUGCUUUCAAGGGAGCUAAAGAUCUCACCAAUGAAAAGCCGAAGGGUCCGAGUGUAGAGACUGACGCUGCUGUCCUCACCACACAUUGCUGUGGAGCUAACAUCUACAAGGAUGGGACUGACCCUCUCCUCCAACCAGACGAAGAGUACCCAGACUGGCUGUGGAAGUUGAACUUAGGGCCUGCAAAGAAGUUGGACGAAAUUGAACCUGGCACAAGAGAAUAUUUCAAGAGACUCCGUAAGGAGAACAUUUGGGCCGAGAAUGCAAGGCGGAAAGGAAAAAAGUUUUCAGUUCAAGCACCACCUGCCAGAAAGUAUUAGUAGUCCUCUUUUGUAAUGGUUUACAGCUUCUUGUUCACACUAGUCAUAGUAUGAACAUUUACUUAUGUCUAAUUUGCCCCUCAAUCAAGUUUCAAAAGACUUCAGGUUUACCUGGAAAAGUUUUGUAUUAUGACCAGGAUUUAGUAUGACAGUAAGGAAAAAUUCUCUGUCUAUUAAAAGAAACUCAUAACAUUUUCUGCUUAGAAACUAGAUUUGGGUAAAAUAAUUUUUUCAGUGGGAUGAACCCAUAGUUGCAUUCAUAAAUGCAGUUCUAUGAAUGCUCUCCUAUAAGUAGGCAUCACUUACUUGUAUAGAUAUGAUACAUAAUGAUUCUGAAAUUAAAUGAAAAGAAAGAACAUUGUCUCUGUAAGCAUCUCUAGGUUUCAAAAACCGAACAUGACCAGGGU